AUGUUAUCUCGAUCGAUCAGUAGGCUAGUCCGGCCUGUUCGCCUGGACCUUCCUCCCUGGGCCGGCCCUCGGAUCGGCUGUGUCCGCUCGUCGUCACUGAUCUCCUUUGCCGGCCGCUCGAUAUCGUCCAGCUCGGCCUCGUGGGCCAAGAAGAAAGCCGGCGGGAAUAGCACCGCCAAGCCGAGCCCCGAAGGCCUCGCCAAGAUCCCGUCGACGAAUCUGAAUCAGGACGGGAAUGAGGAGCGAUUCAACCGGAACAAGGUGGAGAAGGAGAUGGACAUGACGGUGGCUCGAUUGCGGCAGAAUGUGAACCUGAUCGUCAACCGGGUUGGUCGCCUGACGCCGGCCUAUCUCGACGGAAUCAAGCUGCUCCAUGACCACCAACGGCUCGGGAUCAACUCGGUCGCCCAAGUCAUCGUCGUCGACUCCAACACUUUGUCCGUCGUGCCUUACGAUCCUUCAUAUACCAAGUCGAUCGAACAGGCGCUCUACGGCUCGACCUUGAACCUAGCACCCAAGCUACAACCCGACGGCUCGCUCUCCAUCGCCAUCCCCAGAUUGACAAUCGAUACCCGUAAGGUAUUGGCUAAGGAGAGCGGCGAGCUCUGCGAACAGGCCCGGGCGGGGAUCCGCAAUAUCCGUCAAGCCGCACAGAAGGCAAGCAGGAACGACCUGGAUUCGAAUCUGAUCACCAAGGACGACUUCAAAGACAACCAGAAAUCGCUCGACAAUGUCUCCAAAACUUACGGCAAAUUGGUCGAUGGAAUCGAAUCCAAGUCCAAGGCGGUCUUACUCGACAAAUAA